AUGGUCACCCAGCUGUGCCCCAGCGCGGUGGCGCGCGUGCAGCUGGCGCGGCCGAGUCACUCGCGGCGUCCGGCGGCCAAUGUGCGUGGAGCGCGCGUCGUUCGGUGCGCGCAGGCUGCCGGCAGUGCGGGCGACGGGAACCCUUCUCCACGACUGAGCCGCGAGAGCCGCCGGCGCAAGGUCUCCGUUGCCUUCCAGAGGUCCUUCGACCCCUCUCCCGCGCACGUCUACCCCGGCCGCAAGGGGCGCGUCCUCCUCAUUUGCGUUGACGACAGCGAGGACUCCGAAUUCGCCGUCAACUGGUCCGUCGAGAACCUCUACCACGAGGGCGACCGCGUGCACCUCCUCCACUGCAUCCCCCGCGUGCCGCCCAACGCGGUGUUCGCCACCCCGGACGGCGGCUUCGUCGCCGUGCCGACCGGCCGCACGCAGAUCGAGGAGAAGUGGUUCGACAAGGCGGAGCAGAUGGUCCACCGGCGCUUCAAGAAGGUCCUCGCGGAGAACAACGUCGCGUACGAAGUCGACCUGAUGCGGGAGUCCGGGGAGGGACUCAAGGGGGGAGUCGGGGACCGCGUGUGCGAGCUGGCGUCCAAGCUCAACGCCGACGCCGUCGUCCUCGCCUCGCACCGCCUCGGCCGCCUCUCCGAGUUUUUCCUCGGGAGCGUCGCGUCCUUCUGCAUCGCCAACUGCGGGCAGCCGGUGGUGGCGCUGCACGGGCCGCGGUUCGACCGCGUCGUCCGGGCGGGGCCCGACGCGCCGCGGAAGAUCGCGAUCGCGGUGGACAACAGCGAGCAGUCGGACCGCGCGCUGCAGUGGGCGAUCGACUGCGUGCACCGCCCCGGGGACGUGUUCCACCUGAUUCACGUCAUACCGGCGCUGCCGCUCCGGAGCGUGUACGCGGGGCGCUCGGGCGCCGGGGUGUACUUCGCGCCGACGAUGGCGGGGGACUGGACGGCUGGGGAGAGCGACGUGGAGCAGGAGUGCGAGAUGACCAAAGAAUACGCCAGCAAACACUUCGUGGACAGGCUGACGCAGAACAACGUGUCGUUCGAGAUCGACAUCGUCACGGAGUACGUCCAGGAGAGCAAGGAAGCCGUCGGGGAGACGGUGUGUCGCAUGGCGGACGACAUCGGCGCCAGCACCGUGGUGGUGGCGGGGCACACUGGAGGAGGUCGGCUGGCGGACUUCCUGCUGGGCUCGGUGACGUCGUACAUUACGCACCACGCCCGCCACCCCGUCGUGGUGGUGCACUGA